AUGUCCUCAACAACAACAAAUUCACAGCAUCUUGCUGCUAUCAUUCCUGAUAAGGGUGGUCCUUUUAAGUUGGUUCACAGGCCUACCCCAACUCCCGGUCCCAAGGAACUUCUCAUAGAGGUUUACUCAAUUGCGUGUAACCCAAUCGACCAUUAUAUGCGCGACCAUGGAUUGUUUUGUGCUACCUACCCCGCAAUUCCCGGAUCCGAUAUUUCUGGCAUCGUUGUUGCUGCCGGCCAAUCUGUGCCAGCUGCGGCACCGAAAGUGGGAACACGAGUGACCGCUUUUGCACCCGCAUUCUUCACACAAGGCGAUCCAAAUCAUGGAGCAUUUCAGAAGAAAGUUCUUGUGCCAGCUUCAAGUGUAUGUCCGUUGCCUGACAGAAUGAGCUUCAACGAGGGAGCAAUUCUUCCCAUGGCUGUGCAAACUGCGAUGGCUGCUUGGUAUUCUGUUGGUUUGGCGCGUGAUACAAAAUUCACACCUUCAGACAAGAAAGGAGCUUUGGUAUGGGGUGGAAGCAGCAGCGUUGGAGGAGCGGGUGUACAGCAAGCCGCGAACAUGGGAUAUGUGGUAUACGCAACUGCUAGCCCACACAAUCAUGAGUAUGUCAAGAAACUCGGUGCCUCGAAAGUGUUUGAUUACAAAGACAGUGCUGUCGUAGAGAAAGUUGUGGAGUCUGCAAAAGAAGAUGGGAUUACAAUUGAUUUGGCAUAUGAUGCUGCUGGUGCACUGCAACCCAUCUUGGACAUCCUGAAAGCUACGAAGGGUGACAAUGUCGCCAAUUUGGCAUCAGCAAUACGAUUGAAUCCCCAACCCCCAGCUGUGGAGGGAAUGAAUAUCAAAUUUGUGGCUGCACCAACAGAUGAUGCCGAAAGGGAUGAAUGGUCACAAUGGCUCUAUUGGACUUGGCUAAAGGAGAAACUGCAAACGGGAGAGUUUGUACCAAGCCCUAGUAUCAAAGUAGUAGAUGGGGGAUUGGAAUCCGCAAACAAAGCAUUGGACGAGCUGAAAGGAGGAGUCAGUGGCGUGAAAUUAGUGUUGGAAGUAUAA